AUGAGACUACCGUCAAGACGACUAUUUUGUUCAGAGUGCUUCAAAUUAUACAGACCUCGUGCAUCUUUCCAUUCUCAGAAGAGACUACAACAUUCUGGCAACAAUUUUGAGUUCAGGCUUCCAGAAAUAGGUGAGCUCGAUGAGGUGGAACAACAAAAGACUGAAGACAAAGAUGAUGUUUUAAACAUUGAGCUUAUGUCCAAGACCAGUGAAAAAGACAUAUCAGUCAAUCUUUCAAAGGAUGCAAAUGAUUUCUUUGCUCCUCAACCGAAAGAUGGAUUUACUGCCAAUGCCAGCAGCACCUACCAUUCGAAUCUUAGUUCCAGUUCAGAAACAUCCGAGAGGAGUGGAGUUCUACAGCUGAUGACACAAGAGGAUCUAUUUACAACGAGUAAUAAAAUUGACUUUCAAAAGUUGAGCCAAUUCAUAAAAGAAGCAUAUGAAAAGAGACCUACGGAAAAGGAGUUGACAAGGAGAGAAGAGUCAGUUAAUAUCGAUGCUAUACUUUCAAGCUACAAGCGUGAACUGGGUGGGAGUUUUCUUAAAGAAGCAGCACCUAGCUUUCAAAGCAGAAUCACCAUACAGUCCUUAGACUUAGAUCUUCGUGAAAUGCUAUACCAAAAAUGCGAGGCAGCUUUAAUACAGACUCUAACUAUCAUUGACAGCUUGCAAUCCUCUGCUGAAGUUUAUCGAUUCUAUAAUGAGGUCUUGCUAAGUGUUGUUGAUCAAUUAAAAAACGCAAAGAAGGACCGGUCUUUGAACGAUCGGUUUUACUUGAGGAAUGUGUUUCUUGAAAGUAACAGGCAUGAAUGGACCGAGCUUCAUAACAAUGUAGUAGAGAGGAUACGAGAAACUACGGCAGCAGAUGCAGCCAAUUUCGAAUUCAACAUUAUAACUUUGCCGAUCAUAACUAACCAUGUAUUCAAAAAGCUUGGCUAUCAAUUGUUCAAUGGUGACUUGAUGUUUACAUUGUUCAACAAACUAAAGGAAAAUGUGCACUUGUAUACGUUAUGUUGUAACCAGAAAACAUAUAAUGAAAUUUUAAGAGCAAUUUGGGUGUACAAUGGGAACAUUGACUUGUUUGAAUUCGAAAAGGUGUACACCGAAAUGAAGUUUUUAGGCUACAGUGGUGAUUUUGUCACCUACAAUAUCCUCAAGAUGGUAAUUGACGAGUAUAAUGCAAUGCUGAAUGGUAAUUCAUUCUUCAACAAAUAUGGAUCGAAAGUGUUGACAAGAGAUGACAAUGCAAGAAUUGCUUUUCUCACCAAGGAAUUUUAUAAACUACAAUCCAACCUCAGCAAUCAAAUGACGAAACCAGAUGAAGACGACCUAGUAGGAGACUUUCAAAGUUUAAGAUAG